CGGCGAAAAGAGGCGAUGAUCGCGUCAGUUCGAGUUCACCGCUUUAUAAAGAUCAACGUACGUAAAUCCACGCGAACGUGCAAUCCAACGAAUAGUAGAUCCGCGACCAGCAGCGGCACUCGAUCGUUGAAUCUCAGCUCUAUGAAGUUCAAUCCGUCGCCGGUUGUGCUAUCGGUCUUCGGCUUGCUCUGCGUUGGCCAACAAAUACAGGCCGCCAGGAUCUUAGCGCUUGUCCCGACGCCAUCUUACAGCCAUCAGAUCCCAUAUCGAAGACUAUGGCUCGAGUUGCACAAACGCGGCCACGAAUUAGUGCUCGUCACAUCGAACCCGAUCCCAAACAUGGACCCGAAGACGUUCCAACAGAUUGACAUCAGUGAAGCGUACAAGGAUAUCAGGGAAGUCGACUUUAUGCACCUUCGAUUCGACAAGGUCGAAUGGCUUGCGUUCGUGGAAGAGUAUCUGUUCAGCAUGGCCCAUGUCUUCGUGGAACACGUGCUAAAUCACACGGAUAUGAAGCCGAUCUAUGCGCCCAACAGCAACCGGAAGUUCGACGUUGUGAUGGCCGAAAUGCUUGCGAUGCCAGCCAUCUACGCGUUCGCUCAUAGAUUCGACGCACCCUUAAUAGGAAUGAGCUCGCUGGGAAUGUUAUCUAUCAAUGAACACGCUCUUGGUGGUCUGGUAUUGCCAUCGCACGAAUAUACCUGGGAAAUGGAGGCGAACGUGGGGACGAAUCAACCAUUUUGGAGGAGACUGCAAAAUUAUAUUAAACUCUCUCGACUCUUGUACGUUAUGUAUCGUGAUCUGUUCCCACGUCAGCAGAAUUUAGCAGAACACUAUUUCGGACCUUUGCCUCCAUUGCUCGACAUACUGAAGAACACUAGUGUUGUAUUUGUCAACCAAGCCGAUGCCAUAACGCCAGCCAGACCGAAGCUUGCGAAUAUGAUUACCUUCACGUCUUUCCACGUUGAGAAAACCCCGACUCCUUUGCCGGCAGAUCUACAACGCUUUCUGGAUAACGCGACCGAAGGAUUCAUCUACUUGAGUCUGGGUAGCAACGCUAUGAGCUCGAGUAUGCCAAAAAAGACCUUAGGGGUUUUCCUUGAGGUGUUUGCCAGACUGCCCUAUAAAGUUGUGUGGAAAUUCGAAAAAGACAUGCCCAACAAGCCCGACAACAUCUAUACUGGAAAGUGGCUUCCGCAGCAGAGCAUUCUUGCGCACCCCAAUAUUAAAUUGUUCAUCUACCAAGGAGGUCUGCAAAGUAGUGAGGAAGCGAUACACUUUUCGGUACCACUGUUAGGAUUUCCGGUAUUAGCGGAUCAAGACUAUCAAGUGCUUCGAAUGGAGGCCCUCGGUGUCGCAAAAUACAUGGACAUCGUGACUAUCACCAGAGAAGAAUUGGAGACUACCAUUAAGGAGAUGAUAACUAAUAAAGAGUACAAAGACAAGAUAAUCGCACUGAAAGAACUGGUGAAUGAUACCCCGUACGAUAUGGUUGAGUACCUAGCAUGGUGGGUCGAGUACGUAAUUCGCAAUAAAGGCGCCUCCCACCUUCGUUCAAAAUUGGCUCAUCAACCAUGGUACCAACGUUGCGACAUGGACAUCGUAGUAUUCCUGACAAUAGUGUCCGUUUUAAUCAUUUCAAGCAUAACGAGCAUCAUAGCGAAAAUAACUGUGCAAUGGUACAAAUAUUACCAAAUGAUAUCUCCACCCGGAAAACAAAAAAUUAGAUACAAACCGAUCAGCGAACGUAAAUCAACGGACAAGUGUGAUCCAACGAUUAGUAGUUCCGCAACUAACGCCUCGAACGGAUUGUUGAAACUCGGCACAAUGAAAUUCCCUUUGCCACCGGUUGUGCUUUCGACCGCCGUUCUUCUCUGCAUCAGCCACGAAGUGCAGCCCGCCAGGAUCUUAGCGCUUGUCCCGACGCCAUCUUACAGCCAUCAGAUCCCAUAUCGAAGACUAUGGCUCGAGUUGCACAAACGCGGCCACGAAUUAGUGCUCGUCACAUCGAACCCGAUCCCAAACAUGGACCCGAAGACGUUCCAACAGAUUGACAUCAGUGAAGCGUACAAGGAUAUCAGGGAAGUCGACUUUAUGCACCUUCGAUUCGACAAGGUCGAAUGGCUUGCGUUCGUGGAAGAGUAUCUGUUCAGCAUGGCCCAUGUCUUCGUGGAACACGUGCUAAAUCACACGGAUAUGAAGCCGAUCUAUGCGCCCAACAGCAACCGGAAGUUCGACGUUGUGAUGGCCGAAAUGCUUGCGAUGCCAGCCAUCUACGCGUUCGCUCAUAGAUUCGACGCACCCUUAAUAGGAAUGAGCUCGCUGGGAAUGUUAUCUAUCAAUGAACACGCUCUUGGUGGUCUGGUAUUGCCAUCGCACGAAUAUACCUGGGAAAUGGAGGCGAACGUGGGGACGAAUCAACCAUUUUGGAGGAGACUGCAAAAUUAUAUUAAACUCUCUCGACUCUUGUACGUUAUGUAUCGUGAUCUGUUCCCACGUCAGCAGAAUUUAGCAGAACACUAUUUCGGACCUUUGCCUCCAUUGCUCGACAUACUGAAGAACACUAGUGUUGUAUUUGUCAACCAAGCCGAUGCCAUAACGCCAGCCAGACCGAAGCUUGCGAAUAUGAUUACCUUCACGUCUUUCCACGUUGAGAAAACCCCGACUCCUUUGCCGGCAGAUCUACAACUGUUUCUGGAUAACGCGACCGAAGGAUUCAUCUACUUCAGUCUGGGUAGCAACGUUAUGAGCUCGAGCAUGCCUAAAGAGACACUACAGAUUUUCCUUGACGUAUUUUCUAAACUGCCCUAUAAAGUUGUAUGGAAGUUCGAGAAGGACAUGCCCAACAAGCCCGACAACAUCUUUACUGGAAAAUGGCUUCCUCAGCAAAGCAUUCUUGCGCAUCCCAAUAUUAAGCUGUUCAUCUACCAAGGAGGACUACAAAGCUCUGAGGAAGCGGUACACUUUUCGGUACCACUAAUAGGAUUACCGAUAUUAGCGGAUCAAGACUACCAAGUGCUCAGGAUGGAUGCUCUCGGUGUCGCAAAAUACAUGGACGUCGUGACUAUCACGAGAGAGGAAUUGGAGGCUACCAUACGAGAAAUCAUAACCAAUAAAGAAUACAAAGAAAAGAUAAUCGCACUAAAAGAGCUCGUGAAUGUUACUCCGUACAAUAUGGUGGAGUACCUAGCAUGGUGGGUUGAAUAUGUGAUUCGCAAUAAAGGUGCCCCCCAUCUUCGUUCAAGCUUGGCUCAUCAACCAUGGUACCAACGUUGCGACAUGGACAUCGUGGUAUUCCUGACGAUAGUGUCCGUUUUAAUAAUUUUAAGUAUAACUAGUAUCAUCGUGAAAAUGGCUGUGCGGUGGUACAAUUAUUACCACAGGAUAUCUCCACACAGCAAACAAAAAAUUAAAUAGCUGUAUAUCGAUAAAACAGAAAGGUAUGAUACUAGCAUAAUGGCAAAUUCAUCAGUUUUUAUUUGUUAUGCAUUUUAUAGCAAAUUAGGCUGAUUGCUUUUGUGGUUACUGCUUCAAUCGGAACCAUGAAGAUACUUGAUGUGGAGUAAUCAAUUUACGAACAGAUCGUGCCAUAAUUGCUUAAACUAUGCGCAAGCGUUAACUUAUUAAUUUAUUCGAUUAUAGUUCAAAUGAUUCAGAAUAUCUUAUGUAAAUGAUAUACUAUGUAUAUACGUAAAUAUAUGAUGUAUGAGAAUCGAGGAAUGCAAUGUACAACUUUACGAUUCAUGUUCUUUGUACUAGCGGCAUGGACGUGGUUCAAUCGAUUGGAUUUAUUGUAUCUGCGGCAGUAAUGAAUGUUAAUCCCUGAAUGAUGUAACGAUGUUCAAUAUAAUUGUAUCUACCGAAGGUAAAUAAAAAAAGAGUAUAAAUGUU